AUGAUGGAUUUUGACGAAAGGGUCCCCGUCGGAUCGAACAUGUAUUUGCCCAGUUGCACUUAUUACGUGUCUGCGGGGGCUGAUUUCUCCGGUCUUCCCUCGUUUUUAUCCCAGUCCCCGUCUACCCGCCCCAUGACAUACUCCUAUUCCUCUAACCUGCCGCAGGUCCAACCCGUCAGAGAGGUGACGUUCAGGGACUAUGCAGCCAUUGAUGCGUCCGGUAAAUGGCCGCACCGGGGGAACUUGCCCCAGUGCUAUCCAAGCGCGGAGGACAUGGUGCACCGAGACUGUCUGUCGGCGCAAACCGCCGUCGUAGGGGACAUGUUUGGUAAAAACAGCCCCGCAGCCGCCGCCGCCGCUUACCACCACCACCACCACCACCAUACAAGCGCCAGCUCUGCUGCCACAAAUUUCUACGGAAACGUGGGCAGAAAUGGCGUGCUGCCACAGGCUUUCGACCAGUUUUACGAGACGGCGUACGGGAACGCGUCGGAGAGCUCCUCCGCGAACGGCUACUCAGGGGACAAAACAGCGACCAAGCCGCCGAGCUCUGCGCCGGAGGACGCACCGUCUUGCCGGGACACCGAAACGAAGGAGCAGCGGGAUGAAACGAGCAGCCCAGAGUUAUCUUCCGGCAACAAUGAGGAGAAAUCCAGCAGCAGCAGUGGACAGAGGACCCGCAAGAAAAGGUGUCCUUAUUCCAAAUAUCAGAUCAGAGAACUUGAACGAGAAUUCUUUUUCAGCGUGUACAUAAACAAGGAGAAGCGGCUGCAACUGUCUCGGAUGCUCAACCUCACCGACCGACAAGUAAAGAUUUGGUUUCAGAACCGUCGCAUGAAGGAGAAGAAACUGAACAGAGACAGAUUACAGUAUUAUACGUCCAAUCCUCUGCUUUAG